UCCUCCUCCUCCUUUUCCUUCUCCUUCUCUCUCAGGAGCAAGAGAUGCUGAGUUGGGGAAAGAGGAAUUGCACGUUUUUUAGGCAAAAGGAAACCCGGAAAGUCUCGCCCUGCACCCGGCUCCAUCAGGUGGCCCUCGCUCUGGCCGCCACCGAGUCCGUUCUGCGGAACCUGAGUCGCCCCGCUCUGGCUGCCAGCGCCGUCCCGGUCCUGGAGCUGCUCUCGGCCGUGAGGAGCGACGUGGUCGCCUGCGUGUCCCGGCCCAGCCUCGGCUCCCUCUCUCAAUCUUCCGCUAGUCCUGGCGCCCCAGACUCUGAACACGGUGGAGCCCGGGCGGGCAGAUCCAGGGAAGCGUCCCGCUUAGCGGAACGCCGGCUUGCGGAAAAUCCCUCCAUUGCACAGCCCUGGACGCGGGCCCCAAAGAGAGCGCGCCCCGGACAGGGGGGAUGGGCUCAGCCCCUAGAUUUCGACACUCAAGCGCCCCCCAUCCACGGCAAGCCGGACGGAGUGGAUCGGGGCUCCGAGAAAAAGAAAAGAAAACACAAAGCCAAGACAUCGGUAAGAGUGUAAUGAGGCGGGAGGAAGGAGAGCCUGAAGCCUGCGGGGCGGGGAAGUUGGGGGGGGAGGGGAGAAGGGGAGCGAUCCCGAAGGGAAAAAAGCGAGGAUGCGUGCGUUCUCCGCUAGGAAAGUCCCCGAUGUCGCGAAGUCCGGACGGUUCUCAGCCUCCUGAGGCUGCUCACCUUUGACCUGAAGCUGGCGAUUCUCGCAGGGCCCUGUGCCUCAGCUAAGUAGUCCCGGA